UCUCCCGUGCUGUGGCUCACGUUUUGGUACUAGAGGCCGAGACUGUCCUGGCGACUGCUACCAUUGCGGCGACGGCUUAGGCUCCCCGAGGAGUGGCAGAAUACGGUCUGGAGGAGGGACUUCUGGUUAGCACAGACAGCUGGAAGGUGAACGCAAGAGAGACAGAAGAACUGGAAAGAGGCGGAAUACACUGAACAGGGAACUUGGCAAGGUUGGGAACUUUAAUCGCUUUGUUAAAGAGUCUGUCAUAAUGAAUGGAUCAAGUGUGGCAAAUACACCACCCAGUGUAAAAUCCAAAGAGGACCAGGGACUAAAUGGGCAUGAUGAAAAAGAAAACCCAUUUGCAGAAUAUAUGUGGAUGGAGAAUGAAGAGGACUUCAACAGACAGGUGGAGGAGGAGCUUCAGGAGCAAGACUUCUUGGACCGCUGCUUCCAGGAGAUGCUGGAUGAGGAAGACCAAGACUGGUUUAUUCCAGCACGAGACCUGCCGCAGGCCAUGGGACAGUUGCAGCAGCAGUUAAAUGGACUGUCCGUCGGGGAUGACCAUAAUUCUGAAGAUAUUUUGAGCAAAAGUAACCUGAACCCGGAUGCCAAGGAGUUUAUUCCAGGAGUGAAGUACUGAGCCAACAGAACCUUUGAGGAGGACUUGCCUGUCCCCACAUUUGGGGAUAGUGAUGCACAAAAAGGCAGAGCUGUCUAGAGGCGGGUGGGGUGGGCAAGGGGAGUAUAGCCGGGA